UUACCUCUCCACAAAUCCCAUCCAGCAUCAACGCACAAAACACAUUGAACUGGACAUACACUUUGUUCGUGAUAAGGUAGCCAUUGGUGAAGUCAAGGUCUUCCAUGUUCCAACCUCUCUCCAAUAUGCUGAUAUCUUCACCAAAGGACUUCCAACAACACUGCAUCAGGAAUUUCGUUCCAGCCUCACCGUUCGACGAGCCGACGCUGCGACUGCGGGGGGUGUUAGGAAUGAGAUAUACUCUAUUCCAUAUUUAGUUUAUCUUGUUAAUAUUCGAUUGUAUGCAAUCCCUCUGAUUAAGGGAAUCACCUCAAUCUCUGUAAUCUCCUCUGCUAUAAGUAGAGCUGUACAUCAUUGUUAAUAGGCAAGGGUAACAUAUUCACUUACAUUGAGAUGCGUGAGAAGCUUGCUAUUCCUGAAGCUGAAUGGCCUCGACAGAGCGGCUUGGAGGAUCUUUGGAUUCGAAAUCCGUUGCUGAUUUCGUUGAUUCCGGUCGUGACUUGAUCUUAUCGGCGGAUACUUCUGCGUCUGAUCUGAUUCGGGGCAUUGCCACAGAGUGUGGGGUUGAUUUCGAUGAGGAUUCUUCAGCUAUGGUUAUUAAUCAUACUAGCUUCUCCGUCUCUGAUGUUGACGGCGACCACACCUUGAUUGCUGCCGACGAUUUAGUGAACUCUGAUGUCAUCUUAGGAAAAGCCAAAACCGAGGCUCCCGUUCUCUUCAGAGGAGUAUGGCUUCUUGAUAAUGGUUCAUUACUGAUCUCUUUCUCUCAAGAAGCUUUUCUCUAUUAAUACAGAGCUUCUUCGCCUGCUGCUCUGUUUCUUGAUAAAGGAAAGAGAAGAUAGGCUCAAAAGAAAAAAACCAAGAGAAUGGUGACUGAUCUUCAUCAAUCUUCUUCAGAUUCUUUUGUGCCUAUUCCUCCACCUCUUCCAUCAAAAUCUGAUGGACACAAGAGAACAUACGACACACCAGGACUCGGGAAUAGCUGCAUUUCGACAGCUACAAGAGAUUUGUGGGAUCGUCUUUUCAACGAUGGAUACAAAGCUGAUGUUGUGAUUUACACAGAUAGUGGCAACGUCAUCUAUGCUCAUGCCAACAUCAUUGGAAAUGCUUCCACUGUGAUCAAAGGCAUGUUGAAGCAAGCCAAAAGACAUGGCAAGUGGCAUACAAUCUCUAUCCGUGGUGUCCCUCAUGAUGCUGUCCGUGUUUUCAUCCGUUUGCUCUACUCUUCUUGCUAUGGGAAAGAAGAAAUGAAUGAGUUUAUUAUGUAUUUGCUACUACUGUCGCACGCGUAUGUGGUUCCUCAGCUGAAAAGGCUCUGUGAAUGGCAUCUAGAACAUGGUUUGCUUAAUACUGAGAACGUGAUAGAUGUGUUCCAGCUUGCGCUGCUAUGUGAUUUCCCUCGGCUGAGUGUCAUAUCUCACCGUAUGAUCGUGAAACACUUCAAGGAGCUUUCUGCGACAGAAGCGUGGACAGCUAUGAAGAAAAGCCAUCCGUUUCUUGAGAAAGAAGUUAGAGACUCAGUGAUCCUCCAAGAAAAUUCGGGAUACGAACGAUUAUGCUGCCUGCGGUGUAUACAGCCAAGAGACCACAACUAUGGAACAACAAUAUAUGUCGUGUACCGAAGAACUUGCGUGAAGAGAAAGUGGUUGAAUGCGUUCACUGCGGCUGUCAAGGAUGUGCCAUUGGCGAUUAAGUUCUACAGCUUUAUGCACAAUCCCUCACUGUUUGUUACAAUUUUCGAUCCAGAUUGGUAUAUCCAAACCAAUCCCCUCUGACACCAAACCGAAGUAACCAGAUUGAUAUACAAUUUACAUCUAUUGUCUCUAAAGUUCUCUUCUUUGACCAAGUCCUUCUCCUUCAAAAGUCUCCGGAAUGGUAUAUAUAUAAGCUUCUGAGGAUAUGCUUGAAGAUGAUGUAGCUUCAAACAAAGCAAUAGGACCCU